UGGAUGCUGAAUGCGGAGACCCGGACCCAGGACUGAAAGAAGACUCCGAUCCCUCUGAUAAAUCAUUUCGCGCGUCUGACGGAGAGAAGCAUGGUUGAUAACACGAGUAUAGCAACUAAAUCUGCGUUGCAAGGCUCCUUCUCGUCCGCCGGUAGCCUUCCCCUCCAGGCUCCCUCCGCCUCCUCCCACAGCCCGUUCCCCGGCGCGCUGUCCCACCAGGCCGGCAGCGGCGGCAUGAAGCUCGAGGCGGUCAUGGAGAACCUGCAGCGCCAACAGGCAGCUCGGCUGGCUCUGGAGGAGAAGCUCCGACAGGCGGAGAAAGAGAAGGACCUGAGGUCCAUGGUGGAGUCCCAGAUACACCAACAAGCCCUGGCGUUCCGCCACUACCAGGCGGCGAUGCGCGGCGCCCUGGCCGCCGGAGUGGCCGGCUCGUCCCCCGUGGUGACGCUCCCUCACAUGGAGGUCCGCAGGGUGGACGGGGACGGGAGCUCCUCCAGACCGGGCAGCGAGAAGGAGCGGGACGAGGAGGGAGACGACACGGAGGAGCAGGAGAUCCUGGACGAGGAGGAGGAGGACGAGGAAGACGUCGGGCUGAACCACUACCACCACCGACAGUCCUCGCUCCAAGGAGCCUGCCUGUCUCCGAAGAGCGCCCCUAUGCAUCUCAUGGCCCGAGUCCCGGUGGCCCCAGCCCGCCGCGCGGAGUCUCCGUCGGCGCAGCCACAGUCCCAGCACCACGAGUGGACUUACGAGGAGCAGUUCAAACAGUUGUAUGAACUGGACGAUGAUGAAAAGCGCAAAGAGUUUCUUGACGACCUCUUCAGUUUCAUGCAGAAACGAGGGACUCCAGUGAAUCGGAUUCCUAUCAUGGCCAAGCAGGUGUUGGAUCUCUACAUGCUCUACAAGCUCGUCACAGAAAAAGGCGGCUUAGUGGAAGUCAUCAAUAAGAAAAUAUGGCGUGAGAUCACCAAAGGCCUUAACCUCCCUACCUCCAUUACCAGUGCAGCUUUCACUCUCCGAACACAGUAUAUGAAGUACCUCUACCCGUAUGAAUGUGAAAAGCGAGGACUGAGCUCCCCCGGCGAGCUCCAGGCAGCUAUCGACAGCAACCGGCGGGAAGGCCGUCGGCAGAGCUACGGCUCUGCCAUCUUCAGCUACUCUCCCGUGGGCACCCCCACCCUCCUGUCCUCACCAAAGAUCCAGAUGUCCCACCUGCCUACGCUCACUCACAACAGCGGCCAUAUCUCCCAGGUGCCUGUGAUCAAGAAAGAGGAGCCUAUGAUGUCCAGCUGCCUGCCCAGCCGGAUGGCCCUCCCCAUGUCGCCCAGCAGCCACCACGCGGCGGCCGUGGCCGCCCAGGCGGCAGCGGCGGCCCAGGCAGCGGCUGCAGCUCAAGCGGCGGCGGCCGUGCAGGCAGCAGCUCUGGAGCAGCUCAGAGAGAAGCUGGAGAGCGGCGAACCACCAGAGAAGAAGAUGAUGAUGGUGGCAGAGGAGCAGCAGCGGAUCAUGCAGCACGCCCUGCAGCAGAACCUGCUGGCCAUGGCCACCCAGCUGCCCCUCAACAUCAAGCUCAACAACAGAGAUGAUAGACAAGAGACCGCAUUGAACCUGUCUACCAACGGCAUUAGCAGCAUCAACAUGUCAAUAGAAAUAAAUGGAGUUGUCUACACAGGCGUCCUGUUCGCUCGCCAGUCGGCCAUAGCAGGGAUGACGGGGCACCGUGGGAAACACAGCAGCUGUCAGACUCAGGAAAAGACCAGUCCCACACAGUUCCAGCCCUCCUGCUCCUCCUCCUCGUCCUCCUCCUCUUCCUCGCUCGAUGGACACAGAAACUCCUCCCCCUGAGUUUCUUGUCCGUCCUCACCUCCUCACCUCCAUCCUCCCCUCAAAGACACAGCAGCUGGAGACACGACCAUCAGACCGACUCCAGCAGCUCCUGAAGGUGGCUUUCCCUCCAUCCAUCAGUCAGAUUCCUCGUAGGUCGCCUAGCAACAGAUUGAAAAGCAGCAAACUUGUAUUUACAGACUAAAUACUUCUGCCCCUCCCCCCACCCAACCCCCUCCUCGUGCUCUGAAUCAGUAGUGUGUUUCCAGGACAUUUAGCCUCUGUGUGUUGCCAUUUUCUUUCACAUCCUCUAAGACUGUUCACAUUCACGGCUGCUCAUCGGCUGAAGGUUCGAAGA